AUGUUUACGGUUUUAUUUUUAAUCGUACCGCUCGUAUUAAAGUCGAGUGGACAGCCGUGCGAGGACAAGAAUAGUAUAGACGUCUCCGGCGGCAAAGUUUUCAGCGAUGGCACGGUCUUCAAAGAUGGCGUCGCUUUCCCGCCAAAACUCGUCUACUCGAAGAAUAUCAGCGGCGAAAUUAGGAGCUUCGGUUGCGUGUGCGAGCUGAAGACCUGCUUGAGGAAAUGCUGCCCGCUAGGAUCGGUGAUGUACAAGAGGAGUUGCACUAAAAUGGAGGAUGUGGACAUUCUGUUGAAGAGUGGGGUGGAUCUGUACUUCCAAAAUGCGUUCCAGCGACGAGUCAAGCUGGACACUGCCGAAGAUCUGUUUGUGAUCCACGAUAGACCUUGCAAGAAGAUGUAUCUAGAAGACGACGGGCAUUGGUUCAUGCAAGAGACCGGGAGUUAUCAUCAUGGCGAUGGCCAGAUACAGCAUUACUCGCAUCGCGUCGAUAAGACCUUCCAGGAUAGACGGAGCCAUUCUGAAACUUACACG